AUGUCAUCUACUCCUGCAUGCUCACCCUUUACCAGAGCGGUGGUUAGCUCUAUGAGAAAGCUAUACCCUGAGGCAUUGGCUGAUAAAAGCUUUGAUAAUACUGGGUUACUUUUGGAAGCUCCCUUUGAACCAUCACGUCGCCAGAAGAACUCGGUGCUGCUGGCCAUUGACCUGACCACAGCAGUGGCGGAUGAGGCAAUUCGGCGCCAGGAUUCAACCAUUGUUGCAUACCACCCAAUCAUUUUCCGUGGUCUCAAGUCAAUUACUCUAGAUGAUACCCAGCAAAGAUCUCUGCUACGACUAGCCCAGCAUGGAAUCAGCGUCUACUCCCCUCAUACCGCCGUUGACACCGUCCCGGGCGGCAUGGCCGACUGGCUCUGUGACGUUGUUACCGGUACAUUCAAGUCAGACGCCCCAAAGCGCACGCUGAAGACUUGUGACUCGAAGCUCUAUUCCGAACCCACUUACCCCCAUGCCGAAUUCGUUCCGACUGCUGCAUCAGCCAUCGCUUCCCAGCAAAUACCUCAUUCCCGAUCUACCAUUCACCCUUCGCCGCCAGCCUCUAUCCCAGAGGGCUUCGAGUCUGCUGGUGCAGGUCGCCUAGUUACAUUCAACGAGCCCCAGCCCCUUACCGUGCUGAUUGAUCAUAUCGCCGGUGGUGUCGGUCUUCCGGGCGGCAUCCCUAUCGCCACUCCCCAAGGAAAGUCUAUCAACGACAUCAAAAUCCGUACAGUUGGCAUGUGUCCCGGAUCUGGAUCUGGUGUGCUCCUUCGUGGCAGUCAAAUCCCCGAUCUUCUAUUCACCGGUGAAAUGAGCCAUCACGAGGCUCUUGCAGCCACAGAAAAGGGAUCCGUCGUUAUCUCGUUGGCUCACUCGAACUCCGAGCGUGGAUACCUGCGUGCAGUCAUGCAAAAUCAGCUUCUCCGCGAGAUUUCACAGACUUGGCAGGAGGAGAGAAAGGCCGUUCUCCAGGCAAUCCAAGAUAACGCUAAGCAGGGUGGAGCAGCUACUACUUCCUCAUCUGAGGAAGUGUACCAAGAUGCCAGUGUUGAAGUCUCCGUUAGCGAGGCUGAUCGUGAUCCAUACGGUAUCAUGGUUUGGCGAAACUAG